GUCAAAGACCAUGGGAGAUGCCACAAAACCUUAUUUUGUGAGGCGUCCUAAAGAGCGAGGAAUUACAGAUGAUGAGGAUUUCAGAAGGGGUCACCCCCAACAAGAUUAUUUAAUAAUGGAUGAUUAUGCUAAAGGCCAUAGCAGUAAAAUGGAAAAAGGCCUUCCCAAAAAAAAAGUAACACCAGGGAACUAUGGGAAUACUCCCAGAAAAGGACCGUAUGCUGUUUCUAACAAUCCAUAUGCAUUUAAGAACCCAAUUUACAGUCAACCCACUUGGAUCAAUGACAACCACAAAGAUCAGAGUAAGAGAUGGCUAUCUGAUGAACUUGCCAGUAAUUCAGACAGUUGGAGAGAAUACAAACCUGGACCUAGAAUCCCUGUUAUAAACCGACCAAGAAGAGACUCUUUUCAGGAAAGUGAAGAUGGAUAUAGGUGGCAAGAUGGAAGAGGCUGCAGAACUGUAAGACGACUAUUUCAUAAAGAGCUGACAAACCUGGACACCAUGUCAGAAAUGGAAGCGGGAAGCCCUGAAAACAAGAAACCGAGGUCCAGACCUCGGAAGCCACGGAGAACUAGAAAUGACGAAAAUGAACAGGAUGGAGACUUGGAAGGCCCUGUGAUCGAUGAGUCUGUGCUUUCAACGAAGGAGCUGCUGGGCUUACAGCAGGCUGAGGAGCGGCUGAAAAGAGACUGCAUCGACAGACUGAAAAGGCGACCAAGAAACUACCCUACAGCAAAGUACACCUGCAAACUUUGUGAUGUUUUAAUUGAAUCCAUUGCAUUUGCUCAUAAGCAUAUCAAAGAGAAGAGGCACAAGAAGAACAUUAAGGAGAAGCAAGAGGAAGAGUUGCUCACCACGUUACCCCCGCCUACACCCUCCCAGAUAAAUGCAAUUGGUAUUGCCAUUGACAAAGUGGUACAGGAGUUUGGCUUACACAGUGAGAACUUGGAACAGAGACUAGAAAUUAAACGUAUCAUGGAAAAUGUGUUCCAACACAAGUUACCAGAUUGUUCUCUGAGAUUAUAUGGGUCAUCCUGUAGCAGAUUGGGUUUCAAAAAUUCGGAUAUAAACAUUGACAUUCAAUUUCCAGCCAUUAUGUCUCAGCCAGAUGUUCUCUUACUUGUCCAAGAAUGUUUAAAGAACAAUGACUCUUUUAUUGAUGUUGAUGCAGAUUUCCAUGCUCGGGUGCCAGUGGUGGUGUGCAGAGAAAAGCAAAGUGGUCUUCUUUGUAAAGUGAGCGCAGGAAAUGAAAAUGCUUGUCUGACAACAAAUCAUUUAACUGCCCUUGGAAAACUAGAAUCAAAGCUGGUUCCUCUGGUAAUUGCAUUUAGGUACUGGGCAAAGCUUUGCAGUAUAGAUCGUCCUGAAGAAGGAGGUUUACCACCUUAUGUGUUUGCUCUGAUGGCCAUUUUCUUUCUUCAACAGAGGAAAGAACCCCUUCUGCCUGUUUAUCUAGGAUCAUGGAUUGAAGGAUUCUCACUAAACAAAUUAGGAAAUUUCAACCUUAAAGAAAUUGAGAAAGACUCUGUGGUCUGGGAAUACACUGAUAAUGUUGCAGGGGAUGUGGACUCAGCAAAAGAGGAGGCGCCAAAGGAGAUGGCCGUUAAAAGGGGACAGGUAUCAUUAAUAUUUGAUUCAAAACAGCAGCCUUCAGUACCAGUUGGGCAACUCUGGGUAGAAUUGCUUCGAUUCUAUGCUUUAGAAUUUAAUUUGGCUGAUUUAGUGAUAAGUAUCCGUGUCAAAGAAUCGAUAUCUCGUGAAUCAAAGGAUUGGCCCAAAAAACGCAUUGCCAUUGAAGAUCCCUACUCUGUAAAAAGAAAUGUGGCAAGGACCCUAAAUAAUCAACCUGUGUUUGAAUAUAUACUUCAUUGUUUAAGAACAACAUAUAAAUAUUUUGCUCUUCCACACAAAGUUACGAAAUCCAGUCUUCCAAAGCCUCUGAGUACUGUCAGCUGUACUUCUGAAUGUUCUAAAGAAAUAGCAAAACACGAUCCAGAGGUACAAGCGAAAGGUGAUAAACUCAAAAACUCAGUUUUGGCUCAAGGUUCUGGUGCUGCCAGUUCAACUGCAAACACCUGCAAGGCACAGCCACUUACUCUUAAAGAGACCACUAAAAACUUUGAAAGCCCAUCAGCAGAGAAAAUGGGAAACUCACACAUCAGUGUCCACCUGGAAAACUCUGACUGUAUUAAGGCAAAAGUCAGUUCUGGUGACUCUAAGGACGUUGAAGUACAUCAUCAAGAAACAGGAAGUAAAAAUAAGAAAGAAAAAAGUGGAAAGGAAAGCAAGCAUCCUUUGACUGCUGAUGAUCAAGCUUUAAGUAGUAGCAAGUGUGGAGCGCUUGUCACCUGUGGCAGCCCAGGAAAUAAGGAGACAGAUACCACUUUGGAUCUAGAAGGCUUCAGAAAUCCUGUAGCUAAAGAGUAUGAUGAAUUUCCUACUUCCUAUGCCAAGGCUGAUGUUGAUGAAGAAAGCAUAGAAGGUACCAGUGAACUUGGAGAUGCUGUAAGCCACUUUACCCCUUCAAGACAGAGCCAGAUAUCAGGAAUCCUUCACUCUGAUGAGGAAGAGGAGGACGAGGAGGAGGAAGAAGAACCCCGGCUCUCCAUUUCCCGAAGGGAAGAUGAGGAUGACAUUGCUAAUGGAGAUGAAUUAGACAACACCUUCACUGGAUCAGGGGAUGAGGAUGCCCUGUCUGAAGAGGAUGUGGAAUUAGAUGGAUCUGCUAAGUAUGAAGACUUGAAAGAAUGUGGAAAACACCAUGUAGAUGGAAAUCUACUAGUGGAACUUAAUAAAAUCAGCCUUAAAAAAGAAAGUGUAUGUGAGGAAAAUUCAACUGUGGACCAGUCUGAUUUCUUCUAUGAAUUUAGUAAACUCAUCUUCACCAAAGGCAAGUCUCCUACAGUAGUUUGCAGUUUAUGCAAACGAGAGGGUCAUCUAAAGAAGGACUGUCCUGAAGACUUCAAAAGAAUCCAGCUGGAACCUUUGCCACCAUUAACACCCAAAUUUUCAAAUAUCUUAGAUCAAGUUUGCAUUCAGUGUUACAAGGAUUUUUCUCCAACUAUUCUAGAAGAUCAGGCUCGUGAACAUAUUCGGCAAAACCUAGAAAAUUUCAUAAGGCAGGAGUUUCCAGGAACUAAAUUGAGCUUGUUUGGCUCCUCCAAAAAUGGAUUUGGGUUCAAACAGAGUGACCUUGAUGUCUGCAUGACAAUUAAUGGACUUGAAACUGCUGAGGGGUUGGACUGUGUAAGAACUAUUGAAGAAUUGGCAAGAGUCCUCAAAAAGCAUUCAGGACUGAGAAACAUCUUGCCUAUUACAACAGCAAAGGUGCCAAUUGUAAAGUUCUUCCAUUUGAGAAGCGGGCUGGAAGUGGAUAUCAGUUUGUAUAACACAUUGGCCCUUCAUAACACAAGACUCUUAUCUGCUUAUGCAGCCAUUGAUCCCAGAGUGAAAUAUUUGUGCUAUACUAUGAAAGUAUUUACAAAGAUGUGCGAUAUUGGCGAUGCUUCUAGAGGCAGCUUAUCGUCAUACGCAUAUACGCUCAUGGUGCUUUAUUUUCUCCAGCAGAGGACUCCACCAGUUAUUCCUGUCCUUCAAGAGAUAUACAAAGGUGAAAAGAAACCUGAAAUAUUUGUUGAUGGCUGGAAUAUUUAUUUUUUUGAUCAAAUAGAUGAACUGCCCAACUAUUGGCCAGAAUAUGGAAAAAAUACAGAAUCUGUUGGGCAGCUAUGGUUGGGACUUCUUCGUUUCUACACAGAGGAAUUUGAUUUUAAAGAACAUGUAAUUAGCAUCAGGAGAAAAAGUCUGCUUACAACUUUUAAGAAACAGUGGACAUCAAAAUACAUUGUUAUUGAAGAUCCAUUUGAUUUGAAUCAUAAUCUUGGAGCCGGAUUAUCAAGGAAAAUGACAAAUUUUAUAAUGAAAGCAUUUAUUAAUGGGAGAAGAGUAUUUGGGAUUCCAGUCAAAGGAUUUCCAAAGGACUACCCCUCAAAAAUGGAGUACUUUUUUGAUCCAGAUGUACUAACUGAAGGAGAGCUGGCCCCAAAUGAUAGAUGUUGCCGCAUUUGUGGGAAAAUUGGACACUUCAUGAAGGACUGUCCUAUGAGGAGAAAAGUGAGGCGACGGCGAGAUCAGGAAGAUACCCUGAACCAAAGAUACCCUGAGAACAAAGACAAAAGAAGCAAAGAAGAUAAAGAAAUUCAAAACAAGUACACAGAGAGAGAGGUAUCCACAAAAGAAGAUAAACCCAUGCAGUGCACACCUCAGAAAGCCAAGCCAGUGAGGGCAGCUGCUGAGCCAGGGAGAGAGAAAAUCCUCAGGCCGCCAGUGGAAAAGUGGAAGAGACAGGAGGACAAAGAUUUAAGAGAAAAACGUUGUUUUAUUUGUGGAAGAGAAGGGCACAUUAAAAAGGAGUGCCCUCAGUUUAAAGGCUCUUCAGGUCUGUCUAAAUCAGAUUGUGUAUUUGGAUCCCCUUCUUCAUCUAACCCUUUGAGACCAGCUGGCACAUUUGUUCAGGCAGUGCUUUUACAUGAAGACCAAAAGAAACAAAAAACAUCUAUAUUUUUGAGUCCCCAGUCAGGUAGCCUUUCCAGUAAAUAUAUGACUCAGGGAAAAGCCUCAGCGAAGAGGACCCAGCAGGAAUCAUGAGGGAAGGAAAAUGCCGCAUUCUAAAUGGCCACUCAGGCGUUCCUAUUCACUUUGAAAAUUAGGUUCAUUUCACAGGACACAGCAGCAUAGAUCAGGCUUCAACUUAACAUUUAAGGGAAAUGUCAGAUUUUUUUAACUUAAUGAAAUUGUUAAUGAGGAAAAAAAUGUUUAAUAUAGUCUUACCUACUACAGAUCCCUAUAGAUUUAAGGAUUUUAAUAGAAAGCCAUGAUGUAUGUAUUUAAGACAGGUUUUUAAAAAAAAAAAUGUAACUAUGGGCCAGUAUUCAUUGAAUACAAUUUCAAGCUUUUUAAUUAUUUCGAAGCACACUAAAAAGAGUGGGCUG